AUGUCUCCAUUGCUUCGCAGGAAUAUGCCGAUGAAGACGAAAUGGUUGGAAGGCGACAAACUCAAACUUUCGCUUGAAAAUAGAAGUUCUUGUUUCAUGGUCAUGGGGUUAGUGGGCAGUUCACUUGAAGAUAUUCGCCAUAAGAUCCUAUUUCGCGAUUACUCAAAGCCCACUGCCAUGAAUUCGUCGUUGCAAACAUUACAAGCAAUAUGGGACUUGCACGAAACGGGAUACUUGCAUAGGGUAGCACGUGUUGCAGUAAAGUUCCUCGGCACUAUACGUUUUGCUUCACGGGCAUGUCAUCUAGGGAUAGAACAGGGCAGAAAGGAUGAUCUCGAGACUUGGCUCUAUAUGGUCAUCACAAUGAAGGAAAAGUUCAUAAAACUGCAGUAUCCGAAAAGCUUCAGAGUUGUGCCCGCUGAAAUCCGUCGAAUUAUUCAGUAUAUCGACGGGAUGGAUUAUGCUGAUGAACCAGAUUACUUGUAUAUUCAAAGUGCCUUGAAGUGA